GUAUCGUCCGCGUGGUGUACGAUAACGAAUCAUCGUUUUAAAUCUGCGAAUCGCUACCUUUUUUUUUCCUUCUCACAUUCAACUCGCAUUCUUUCUCAUUUCUAUACUACGCUCGUCGUCGGCUUUUUUUUCUCUAAUUUUUUCAAUAAUCGUGUAUUAUACGAUGAGUGGUAUGUCGUCGAUGAUAUAAUUCGUUAACGUAUUAAUUACCUCUACAUGCCAUACACAUGUACGUUGUUUUUUUCACGACGAAAAAAUUGAUCAAUUUUUAAAUGAUAAAGUGUUCAUCGAUGCAGUGUAAAUUUUAAUCGUAUAUUGGUAUCAAACUAAACAAUUUUCGUGAAUCGUGUACUUAAAUAACGUUUUAAAAUUUUUAAUUAAUUAAUUAACGUAUAAGUUAAUAAAUAUUCGCGAAUUUGAUGAUAUACGAUGAUAUAGUUCCAUGUGUUUAAAUGAGCCUGUAAUCGCCACCCCCUCUGACGCGAUCAAAUUUCAUUUUGAUAUGGUGUGGAGGCAAGAGUGCACCCUGAUGCCUCCCUCAUCCGAAGACCAAUUUAAUAACGAACUCUACACCAGAUGCUUGGAGUUAUUGCAACAAUACCACGGAAAAUUGGUAACCACCGCGUGUCCUGUAAUUUUAUGCUCCGCUCUGCCCACUCACCAUCGUUCCAACAAAUCCUUAAGGAAUCCGUUCAAAGUUAUCGUUUUGGACGACGUCGCCGACGGCACGAAAGUCACCGUUAGUGCCGGCAACGACGAAAAUUGUUGCGCCGAAAUCAAAAACUACGUCGCUUAUAUCAAAGAUCAAGUGGCCGUUUUUAACGAUAUCAGAUUUAUCGGAAGAAGUGGAAGAGGCAAAACAUUCAGCCUUUCAAUCAUCGUUCAUUCGACUCCCCUUCAAAUGGGAACCUACAGCAAAGCAAUCAAAGUUACCGUAGAUGGACCAAGAGAACCAAGAUCUAAAAACAGUUUCGCGUACUAUCCGGGACAACAUCCGUUGCUAUUCGGAGCAUAUCCUAUGUCACAUUUACAAUGGCUGGACCCGUCCUACGUGAACGCAAUAUCAGCCGAGUACUUAAUGAAUAAUCAUUUAAUGGCGUUUAGUAAUCAUCAACCAACGCCUGCACCGCAAUUUGGUUUACAUAAUGGUUAUUCGCAAUAUCCAACCGCAGCCUUUCCAGGCAACGUACCACCAUCAGUGAAUCACAGCCUACACGAGCUUCGUUUACCGUUACCACCGCCUCCGCCUUUGACGUCAAACACGACGCCAGCCAAUUUCCACCCUUUGGACGCCCUAUCUACCAGAUACCUGUUACCAUUUAGCAAAUCAUCGCCUGUCUCCACCGUAACCAGCGACGAAACCAGCGAAACGGACGAGCACGCGGUGCAAAGCUCCGAAGACACCAUAUCGGUGAAAUCAGCCUUCCAACAGGUCAAAUCAUCCAAAGAUCAUUUAUCUGGCGAGAAACGCAGCAUAUGCAGUAUCGAUAAUAAACCACCACUCGAGAAACGUAUCCGUCUAGAGACUUGCGACUCUACCAGAACUAGUCCGGUUGAUCUCAGAUCAGAAUCUUCGACUCCGUCGCCAUCUCGCGAUAGGCAUACCACAGAGAAACAGAUCAAAGCUAAACCGAAAGUUUGGCGGCCAUAUUGAAAGCUUGUGCGAUGCUGCUGGCUAUGGAAAUCAAACGAAUGUACUACCGGUGCUAUAAUUUACUAUGUACAAGAGACAACUCUAAUGCUGUUCUUAUAUUAGAGGAGAACUUCGUGGUGGAGAGUCUGUUGUCCCUUUGCCAAAGGGUGAAAUGAUGUCGAAAGUCUCAAACUUAGAGAGGAUGCUUUUCACGUGAAAUCAGAUGUAUACUUACUAUACAGGUCAGAAAAUGCGUAGUUGUGUUUUUUAUAUGCGAUUAUAACGAGUAGAUGAGUCGUCUUCGUAAAUUCUUUUUUCUCUACUUUUGUUCUUUUGUAUUACGAAUGAUUUUUUUUCUGUUGGUUCUUUUAUGGUAAUUUUUUUGUAACUAUUUGAUACGCGAGAAUUUCGGUGUGUUUGAGGCUUUAAUAUUAUAGAGGUUAGAAUUUGUAUGGGUAAUGUGUUUUAGGCCUAUUAUAAUUUUUUUUUGAUGAGCUCACUUUUCAAAAAUUCACUAUUUGUUAACAUUGAACUUCUGCGUUUGCUUAUCUAUUAAAAUUCAGAUGAAAAGAUUUAAAAUUCUGAUAUCACCUCUCUAAAAACUAAAUCAAUUAAUCAAUAGAAUUGAACAAGAAUAUAGACAACCGAACUACACGUAUUAUCACCCACCUUCAAAAUUAUCAAAAUUCCAAUACAAAUAUUUCCUUCAGAGCAGAAAAGAACCUAUGUUAUUGGUGGGAAAGAGGAGAGGAGUAGAAAUUACUAAUGGUAAACCUUGAAUUCCUCGCAAAAAAAAUCAAUUUUUCAAAACAAAAUAUUUGUUUAAUCACUGAGCAAUUUUUUCAAAAAUUUGAUACUUUAAAACCAAUUUUAUUUCAAUUCGAAAAUCAAUUUCGCCAACACCGAAAAAACACGUCCCUUAAUUUCGUUAGGUUCGAUUCUGUCUCUUGAAAAAUGAUCGAUUUGCAUCAACACUAAUUUUCUCAACCCUCGAAUUAUUUUUCUGAAUAAUAUGAUAAAAAUGAGAGACAAUUUUUGGCUCGAAUAUUUUGAAUCUUAAUCAUUGCUUUUUUGAUUUAAUAUGAUUAUAGGUUUUUUCAUUUAUAGACUAGGCCUAUUUAAAAAAGAAUUAUGAGCAUUUUAAAUUUUUCUCGUGUUUAUUUUUCUAUUUAUGUCGUAUGUAGACCUAAUACGUACCUAUAGACCUGAACACACGUUUUUUUAGUCGUUUUCUUUUUUCAUUCGUUUACUCGUGUACUUUUUUCAUCCAAUUUUAUUUUUUCUUCCUUAUCUUUCUUGUACUUCUUUUUUAUGUAUUUUUUUUUCUUUCUUUUCUCCCACCUAACAUAAAAUCAAAUCUAUGUCCAUUUUUUUCUUUUUUUCUUUUAAAGUUUACCAAUGAUUGUAUAAGAUGAUUUUUUUCCUAUUUCUCUAUAUAAUGAUUUUGUUAAUUAGUUUUUAAAAUUUUAGAUGGCGUAAGCGUGCAAAAUACCAAUUGUGAUAAUGUUAUUAAGUAAA